AUGCAGUUUUCUCUUCUUACUCUCUUGACCAUCUGUGUCUAUGCAACCGCGCUGCCGGGAAUGAGCGAUCUCGGUAGCGCAUGUGAUCAGGCGGCCUGCGAGCGCAGCUGCCAGCAACAGAAUUGCAAGGGUGUCUGUGGGAAAGGCUACGAAACUAGCAAUGCGGAGUUGUCGGGUUGGGCGAACGGAAACGUUGCCAACUGUAACUGCCACCCAAAAACCACUACCGCCUCUUCGUGUCCAGCUUCUACCUUGACCAUCACCUUCACCGACACCAACACGGAGACUUUUACCACCACAAACACUAUCAAUACUACAGAUACCAUCACCAAGACUGACACGGAGACUUUUACCACCACAAACACUAUCAAUACUACGGACACCAUCACCAAGACCGACACGGAGACUUCUACCACCACAGAUACUAUAAAUACGACGAAUACCAUCACCAAGACCGACACUGUCACUUGUACGGUGACACCUACCUCUAGCAAUGGGGGUUGGACUACUCACGCGGGUGGGAGUGCCCAUACUGGUGGGAGCUGGUAA